GCGUUGAAUUUGGUAACUGUACUCUGUAUUCGACUGUGCUGUUGUCUUUGCCUAUGAACUUUCCUGCGUAGGCAUCGCCUACUCAUAUUGCUGCGGCAGUGUAUACGAAGACCAAUUUCUGGCUUGGACCCAGAGCUGUGCAUACGAACCAUAUAAGUGACUGUGCACCCACCCAUCCUUCGCCCUGGUCCCUCUACCUUCGUCAUGGAAGCGACCGGAAAGUUUGAUUUCACAGCCACAGCAGAGGACGAGCUCAGCUUCCGCAAGGGGGACGUUAUCAAGAUUUUGGGUACUAAUGAUGACUGGUUCAAGGCGGAGCUGCAUGGACACGAGGGCUUUGUCCCUAGAAACUACAUCAAUGUGCGAUUUCCCAGCUGGUACCAGGAGAACGCCAGCAGGAGCAUGGCGGAGGAGAGCCUGAGCCCUCGGGAGCUGGGGGCCUUCCUGAUCCGCGGCAGCCAGAGGUCACCGGGAGAUUUCUCCAUCUCCGUGCGGCAUGACUCCGACGUGCAGCAUUUUAAGGUGAUGAAGGACGGCAAGGGUCAGUAUUACCUGUGGUCGGAGCGGUUCAGCUCCGUGAACAAGCUGGUGGAGUACUACAAGAGCAACUCGGUGUCCAAGCAGACGCAGAUCUUCCUCAGCGACGGCGAGCCGCAGCCGGGACAGGUGGAGAAACAAAACAGCUCCGUCCCCGUUCCCCAUAGGCCAGCUGAGCCUGUGCCGCAUGCUCAGAGGCCAGUCCUGCAGGUCAGAGCGCUGUAUGACUUCAUCGCUGAGGAGGCGGACGAGCUGCCCUUCAGCGCGGGGGACGUGAUCGAGGUCCUGGACCGCUCAGACCCGUCCUGGUGGAGAGGCCAGCUGCGGGGCAGGAGCGGCCUGUUCCCCUGCAACUACGUCGCCCCCGUCUGACUGGGCCUCCGGCCGGGAAGGGCCGCCGCCGCCACCGCGGCCUCGUGAGCGACAGAUGGCUGUGACUCUGCUGUCACGCUGAGCAUGACUUGCCCCGCCCGCAGUCAUGCGCGGGGCUCUCAGCAUCCCAGCAGCCUUGCACAACGUCUCUAAAUGCCAGACAUUUCAUUUU